CCAGACCUUCAACAGGAGAGCAAAAAUGAGUGCAAACAAAGCGCAGAAGCACAGACUGUCCCACGACACGGAGAGAGAGUUUGGAGGAACUCUGGGCGCCGUGUGCAUUCCCAUCUUUCUUCCUCUGACGGUGCUCUUCCUGGUCUGUGUGAGUCAGUCUCCUGAGGCCAGCGUGCUUCAGUGGCCCCCCCUCCUCCCCCCUGCCCAUCAGCUGUGGGACCCCCGGGCCCUCUGGCUCCUGCUGGGAUGGAUCGCUUUGCACGGCGUGCUCUAUUUGAUGCCGUUCGGAGAGGUGUCUGAAGGAUUAGUGCUGAGGGAUGGAACACGCCUCAAGUAUCCCAUAAAUGGUAUUGUUGGGUUUUUGCUUUGCCUGUGCACCAGCGGCGUGUUACUGAUGCUGCUGCUGCUGCUGGGAGCUCCUUUGGGGGAUGUGUUUGAGCUGCUCUUGCCUCUAGCAGCGGCCGCCAUAGCGGUGUCCUUCCUGCUCUCCGUUUACCUCUACGUGCGCUCCUUUUGGGCCCCUCCCCAUGCGCUGGCCCUGGGCGGAAACACAGGAAAUCCACUGUAUGAUUUCUUCAUUGGACGUGAGCUAAACCCCCGAAUUGGAAGUUUUGACCUGAAAUACUUCUGUGAGCUCAGACCUGGUCUGAUCGGCUGGGUGGUCAUAAACCUGGGAAUGCUGAUGAAGGAGGUGGAGCUUCGAGGCUCGCCCUCCCUCGCCAUGAUCCUGGUCAACAGUUUCCAGCUGCUGUAUGUGGCAGACGCCCUGUGGAAUGAGGAGGCCGUUCUGACCACCAUGGACAUCGUGCACGACGGUUUUGGGUUCAUGCUGGUGUUCGGGGACCUGGCCUGGGUCCCCUUCACCUACGGCCUGCAGGCCACCUUCCUGGUUACGCACCCACAGGCUCUAACUGCACUCAAAGCCGCAGCUAUUAUCGUACUGAACGGUGUCGGAUACUACAUUUUCAGAAAAUCCAACUCCCAGAAGAACCAGUUCAGACGAGACCCGACUCAUCCGAGCGUGGCAGGACUGGAGACCAUUGCCACAGCAACAGGGAAGCGGCUGCUGGUGUCUGGCUGGUGGGGUCUGGUUCGUCAUCCCAAUUACCUCGGCGACCUCCUCAUGGCCCUGGCCUGGUCCCUGCCGUGUGGAUUCUUGCAUAUUCUGCCGUACUUCUAUGUCAUUUACUUCACCGUCUUGCUGAUUCACCGGGAGGCCCGCGACGAGAGACAAUGCAGGGCCAAAUAUGGCCUCGCCUGGGACACUUACUGUCGCCGCGUCCCCUACAGGAUCUUCCCAUACAUCUACUGAAGGAGAACCGGAGCGGAUUUACACUCACCUGAAAUGGAAAUGUCUUGUACCUCAGACCUCAAGUGCUCAUUGUGCCGCUGCUGGGAUUUGGCAACAUGAGAUCACAGUUUUUAAGAGCCCCGAUUACUGUUUCUAAUCCUGUAGUCAUUUAUCACCACAUCUCUGUUUUGUAAACUCUGGACAAAGCUACUGAUGGAAAAAAAAUAAGUAAUGAAAUGGGUCUGUAAAUGUCAGUGCGUUUGUCAAUAAAAAAGAUUGUUGUAGAAUUU